AUGACUGAUGAUGAUGAUAAUGAGUUCCAUGAAAAUGUAGAUGACACUGCAGAAUGGUUAGGUGUAGAUCACCAUAAGACUGAUGUGCAAAAUAAGACAACCGAAAUUGAAAAAGAUGACAGUUUGGUGAUGCCUGAAGAUAUAGAUGUUGCCCCUGAUUCUGAAUCUGAUUUUGAGACUGUCCAUGAAUCAGAUGAAGAAAUAAAUAGGAGUGAACAUGUUGUGUUCAACCCAAAAGACAUGGAUAAUCCACAGUUGAAAUUACAAAUGUUAUUCAGUAGUAUAAAAGAAUGCAAGUUGGCUGUGACUAAUUAUAGUAUUAGACAAGGUAGGCCAUGUAAAUUUGUGAAACAGGAUAGAUUAAGAGUGAGGGCUAAGUGUAGAAGUGAAGGCUGCCAUUGGGAGAUUUAUGCAAGAAAAUUGGCAGAUGAGGGUAGUGUGCAAAUCAAGACAAUUGAGGACACUCAUACAUGUGGUUUUACCUAUGACAAUCCACUAGUAAAUUCUGGAUGGGUUGGUAGAAAAUAUGCUAAGGAGUUUAGGACUAAUCCAAAGGUGAAUAUGGAGCACUUUAGGAAGACAUUGGGAGCAUACAUGAAUGAAAUUCAGAAAUCCAACCCUGGUAGCUCCAUUAUUUUGAAGACUGUGGAUGAAUCUACAAGUAUAGCAACACAACAACAGAGGUUCCAAAGGCUGUAUGUGUGUUUCAAUGGAGUGAAACAAGGAUUUUUAGAUGGUUGUAGGUCUUUGAUUGGAGUUGAUGGUACAUUUUUGAAAGGGUCAGUUGGGGGAGUUCUAUUGAUAGCUGUUGGAUUCGAUGCUAACAACAGCAUCUAUCCAGUUGCAUAUGCCAUAGCAGAGGGAGAAAACAAAGAAUCUUGGGCAUGGUUCUUUAAAUUGCUGAAGGAAGAUUUAAAGAUAGAGAGGGAUUAUGAGCUGACAAUCAUGAGUGACAAGCAAAAAGGCCUAAUUCAGGCCUGUGACCUUGUUUUCCCAAAUGCAGCUCGUAGGUUUUGUGUAAAACACAUGCAUGCAAACUUUUCAAAUGCUGGAUUCAAAGGAGAAGCUCUCAGAAAAGCGUUAUGGACUGCUGCAAAGGCAACUACACCAGCUGAAUUUUCCAGCAAAAUGGAGGAAAUGGCAGCAAUUGACAUUGAUGUAGCUAGGUGGUUUGAUGAUAAACCCCCAGCUCAAUGGAGUAGAGCCUUUUUUAGCACUUAUCCAAAAUGUGAUAUUUUAUUGAAUAAUCUGUGUAAGUGCUUUAACAGCAAAAUAGUCGAUGCUAGGGAGAAACCAAUCAUUGAAAUGAUGGAAUAG